AUGGGAAAUUAUAUUGUAAAAGGUUUAUAUGCAAUUGGAGUACCUGAAACUACAAUUAAAUACUUCUCAUAAACAACCUAAGACAAAAUUGCAAAUGCGAUUAUAAAUGGAGAUUUAGAUUUACUAUAAUAAAUAGCCUAAUCCACUAAUUAUAAUUUUACAUCCAUUUUUUAAGGGGAAAAUUCAUUAAUGUUAGCAGUGAGAAUGAAUCAACUUGCUAUUGUUAAAUAUAUAAUUAAUUCUACAGAUGAGAAUUAAUUAACUACACUACUUGAGGAUAAAAAUCCAUAAGGAGAUACUUCACUUAUGAUAGCUACUAUUAAUCAAAAUAUUGAAAUCAUUUAAUAUCUAAUUAGUGUUGGAGCCAAAGUUAAUACAAAAGAAAAUGGAGGAGCCAGUAUAUUUAUAGCUGCUUGUGCAAGUGGAAAUAUUGAAUUAGUAUAAGUCUUAUUUAAUAUACCUGGUAUCAAUAUAUAUUUAAAGAACAAUGAAGGUUAAACAGCUAUUCAUAGGGCAUGUUAUUAUGGUGAAAUUGAAAUAGUACGGUUUCUUUUAAAAAAUACUAAACUUUCUUUGUUAUCUAAAGAUAAAAUGGGAAAUAAUUGUUUUCAUUUAGCAGCAAAACAUUUCUACAUGACUUUAAUUAGAUAUAUGCUUAAAAAGUUCAGAAAACAUAAUUAAGUAUUAAAAAUCACAAAUGGAGAUAAUCAAUCAACUUUAGAUAUUUUAGUAGAAUUAUUCAAUAAAAUUAAAGAUGAAUCAUAUGCAAUAGUGGAUAUCAAUCAAAUAGAAGAUUAUAUUAAAAAUAAGGAUAUGCCACCAGAAAUCAAUUAAUGGACCCAUAAAUAAAGAGAAAUGCAAAAAAAAUAAAUACCUAGAAAUACUGGGAAUAAAAAAAGAAAAACUGUUUUAUAUAAAUAAAAUCUUAAGUUGUCAUGA